CGACAGGGACACAGAGCUCAAGGCGUCUGAAUGUCGAUGAACGUGUUUAGCGGUAGACCGCUACCCUGUUGAAGCGAUGUGUUGUUCUCGCAAGCCUCGCCUGACGCGGCGUAGUUCGCGCGUGGUCCCUGAAGUGUUCGCGGAUUGUCCGAGGCCGCUUCAUGACAUGUGAACUCCUAACAAGUUCUCAUAUACUGCAAAUCUUUCCCUCGCGUUCUGCUUAUCCAUCUUCUCCUGAAUUUUUCCCGAUAUGGAAGCCACCAAGAAAGCGACCUCGAAGGCCGCAGAAACCGGAAAAGAGCUAGAACAAAAGGUCGAAGAAAAGUUGAUAUUACUAUGGGACGAACUCUCCCCGUGGCAGCAGGACAAUCACUACAUCCAGUCAGGAUACCGCGCUCAAUCUAAUUCCUACAUCAAGUCCUGGAAGAGCCUGGGAUAUUUGCACAACGAAACCGUCAACAUCUACACACAUCUCGUCGGUGCUUUGAUGGCUGCCGUAUCCUCAAUAGCUCUAUACAGCACACUCGCGCCUCGCUAUGAGACGGCUACGCAAGAGGACGUGUGGGCGUUUGGCUGCUAUUUUGCUGGAGCUAUAGCAUGUCUGGGUAUGAGCGGGACAUAUCAUACGAUACAAAACCACUCCCAUGAAGUCGCUGUAUUCGGCAACAAGCUCGACUACCUGGGCAUUGUGUUCUUGAUCUGGGGCAGUUUCAUACCAGUUAUAUACUACGCGUUUGGCAACGAACCAGAGUUACGAAGAACGUACUGGACCAUGAUCACGACGCUGGCAGCUGGCACUUCUGUUGUAGCGACACACCCCAAGUUCCGCACUCCGGCACUGAGGCCAUUUCGAGCGCUCAUGUUUGUGCUCAUGGGUCUUUCCGCUGUGUUUCCUGUGCUUCACGGCGUUCGACUGUAUGGGAUCGAACAUCUGCGAAAGAGCGUUGGGCUGGAUUGGGUUCUUUUGCAGGGCGCGCUGUACAUUGCUGGCGCCGCUAUCUAUGCUGCGAGGGUACCUGAGAAGUGGAGUCCCGGGAAAUACGACAUCUGGGGCUCAAGUCAUCAGAUCUUCCAUGUAUUGGUUGUUCUGGCAGCAGCAAGCCAUCUGGUAGCUUUGGUUACGGCGUUCGACUACGAACACAGCCACAGGCUGCAGGAAAUGAUAGGAGGCAAGAUUUAGACUUUCUUCUAUGUAUCGUGAGAUUUCGUAUUGCAAUCUGCCCUGAAGGAAGCGAUCGACAAGGAUGUAUUUCCAGAAUGCAGCCGAACGACGCACAGGCCGGGAGAUGA